CCUAUGAAAAUAAAGAUGAUCACCUGCACCAGCUCUUUAUCACGAAGAACUCAUUUCUCUGCAGUGAGGUACAGAAGAAUUUCAAUGCAUUCUGCCGUGGAUCAGACAUUGCAGAAGAGCAUCUGAAGAAGCAAAAUGUUAAAUUACCAAACAGACUUCAAGCCGUGAAUGACUUUCUCUUCCCAUUGUUCCUGACAUCCAGACAACUGCUGCUGAUGUUGGAUGCAUCACUGAAUCCUCCGUACUUCUUUGAAAGGAAUGAUGAUGGGAGUCUGAAGGUUAUCAUACAGGGCUGGGGCAACCAGGAGGAUCUGUUCGGCUACACCCCACUUGACCACGACUCGGAUGAUGGAAGUCUGAAGGCUGAACAUGCUGCUGAUGCAGCAAAGAAACUGAAGAUAGAUCCUCGUCGAGAAGUCACAUAUGAUGUUUUUGCUAAUGAGGUCUGGCCGAAGAUCCGUAAAACAAUGUCAGUUGACUACCACCCAAUGUUGGUGUGGACUGAAAUCAUGUCCUUCAUUCGAGGAUCAUUUGAGGCUCUCACUAAACCAAAUGGAAUCCUGGAGAAAGAUGAGUACAUUGAGUUAGGAUGCAAGCGUGCGCCUAAUUUUAGUGGAGAUCGUGACAAGAUUUAUGCACUAUUUUUGAGGUAUAAUCACUUUAAGAAACAGAAUUUCUUGUUUGAUGAGUCAGAUCUAAUUUAUUCCAUCUACAAGCGGCUGUGGAACCUCGAGGAACAACCUUGGGUGUUGCAUCAAAUGUACGUGGAUGAAACUCAGGAUUUCACCCAGGCAGAAUUGGCAAUUCUGAUUCACAUCACACAAAAUCCUAAUAACAUGUUUUUAUCUGGAGAUACGGCACAAAGCAUCAUGAAGGGAAUUAGUUUUCGCUUCUGUGAUCUGAAGACACUCUUCCACUAUGUCAAACGGUCACUAGAUGCUGUGAACAAAACCAGAUCAGUUGAAGUCCCCACAAACAUGUACCAGUUGACACACAACUACCGGUCACACAAUGGUAUUCUCUCUCUUGCAUCUGCCAUCUUAGAUCUGAUGGUUGAAUUUUUUCCAGAAUCAUUUGAUCGUCUGCAGAAGGACCAAGGUUUGUUUCAGGGACCUCCGCCAGUUCUGAUUGAUUCCUGCAGUCCUGGAGAUCUAGCUAUUCUGUUGCAGGCAAACAAGCGUAAAACAUCCCACAUUGAGUUUGGUGCACACCAAGCCAUUUUGGUUGUGAAUGAUGCAGCAAGAGACUCCAUUCCUGAAGAGCUACGACUGGGCUUGAUUCUCACUAUCUAUGAAGCAAAAGGACUCGAAUUUGAUGAUGUGCUGCUGUACAAUUUCUUCAAGGAUUCUUAUGCUUCCAAAGAGUGGCGAGUUGUGACACAGUUCCUGGAAAAUCUGAAAGAGAAUGUAGAUAAUACAGAUCGUUUUGAGAAUCUAGUGGUGCUUGACGAAGUUUGCAAAAGAGGUUUUGAGACAGCCAUCCCGACUCUCGACCUUUGCCGGGUCAACUCGAACCAACACAAGGAUUUAAAGUCUAAAGGUUUGGACAGCAUCACAUUUUGGUUGAGAAGUCUGGAGCUGCAGACUGGGGAAAACGUUGGAGAUGAACUUAUGGACACGGGCCUCAAUGACGUUCCACAAGUGCUACAAAUUGGGCUGGCUUGUGAAACAAAAGAAAUUGAUUGA